AUGAAAGGCUCUCCGGCAUCUCAUCUUAGUUUCGAUUGGAGCAUUGUAACAAUUAUUUUGGCUCAGGCAGCCAUCAAUAUUCAAACAUUAUCAAAUUUUUUUCAAUCAAAUCCCAAUGAUUAUCGUUUAGAACAAGAAGCCGAAGCUAAUUUAAAAGCGUUGCACACAUUUCUUGAAGAUGCUCCGAAUAUCUCAACUAUUCAAGUUGGUUUUUGUGGUUUUAUUACUUAUUUACAAGCAUCAAAGCGAAAUCGGCAUAUUGAACAUUUAUUUAUGGCUAAAGAUUAUGUUUCAGAAAUGACUGCAUUUGCAUUUUAUCAUUUUUCGGCUAACCCAAUAUUAUCAGCUAAGUGUUUAUAUGAAUGUAUGACAACUUAUCCAAAAAGAUGUCCACCAUUUCUUACUAUUUGUUGUAGAUGUAUAGCUCAAUUAUCAGUAUUAGGUCCAAAUUCUAGACAAAGUGGACAAAAACAAGUGAAAUCAUGGAAAAAUGAUUAUGACAAAUAUCUGAAAAUAUCAAGGAUUUUAAUUGAUCGAAUCUAUUUAGACGUAAAUGAACCAUUAUGUCCCGAAUCAGUUACAGAUGAAACCGUAUUAGAAGCUGAAAUUGGUGAAGAGAUACCGGUGAACGAUUAUGUGCAAAUAUUUUGUAAUUGUUGUACGAUUCUACGAUACAUGUUCGAUGUUAAAUUAGAUCUAGCUGUUCCAGUUGCAUAUGAAAAAACAUUUGAUGUCAUAGCAAAAGUUUUAACAAUUACACAUCAACAAUACUCAACUAUUCAUAAUCGUAAACAACCAUUAAUAAAUAGUUUACCAACGAUGUUUGAACUAUGUAUCCAUCUGUUUGAUAGACUUGUCACAUGUGUUCCAGCUUGUUUUUUAUUACAAUUAAAAAAGAUAGCAGCGAUGUUUAUAUCGUUACUCGAUGCAAUACGACCAGAUGUGUCAAUCACUAUCUAUCGUUCAUUAGAAAAUUUAUUUAAUUUUUUCGAUCGUAAUUUGAGAAUGGAUGUGGACAUUCUUCAAAAAUUAAUCAGAUGGAUCGUACAUGAAACGUCUAUACGUUUACCAUCAAAAAUUCCAACAGAUCAUUUAACAACGUCGAAUCAUACAAUAUCUCGUGCAGCACUUGAUUGUAUUCAGAGUUUAAUUGGUGCUUAUGGUGAUUAUUUGCCAAGUGACCAAUAUCAAUUGUUACAAAAUCAUUAUGUAAACACAUUAUCCGAUUAUCAAGCUCAUUGUGCUGAUCAAACUCGCAAGAAACCAUAUGAUGAUGUGACGUGUCGUAUGUCGUUAUAUGCUAUAAUCGAAAUGUUAUUACAAGAAGAACGGCAUGAUUGUCCGACGAUUCUUGCCGUUGUUAAAGAUUUAAUUAAAGAAGGUCUUCAAGAUCCAUCUGGCAAAGUCAGAAAAGCUGUUCAUAAAUUGCGUUCUAGCCGAUCGAUCGCAUUAGAUUCGACGCACCAUUUUUAUCAACCUUUUAUAUUUGAAAAUGUUGAAAAACCUCGAUAUGUCUCGACUACAUUACCAUCAACAACAACAAAAAUCCAUCAUCCUCCUUCGUCUCUUUUAGAGCACACAAGUGCCAGAACUAAUGGAAGUGUGAUUCAACUAUGUGCACCAACAACACUAUCAAAUCACGAUAAAUUAUCAUCUUAUCCUCCUUUUUCAUCAUCCGCUGUAACAUACAAAACAUCGACAACAUCUUCAUUAUUACCAGAUAAUCAACCAUCAACUGAUCUUGCAACGGCAAUAACAACUCCAUCUAUUUCAAAUGAUAAUACACAUCUAAUUACAACAUUGAAUAAUAUCACAAAUGAUAAUAAUAAUAAAAUAAAUUCAUUGAAUAAUACUCAACGAAAACAAGCAUUCAAAAAUCAAGAAGAUAAUAUGAGAAUAUAUUCUCAGGAAUAUGAUUAUAAUAUUUCAUCAAAUCAAAACAUUCAUAAUCGAGAUGGUAAUGGCAUGAUUAAUAGUAUAAAACGUCAAAAAGUUGCUGAUAUGAAAUUGUUAAAUACGAUGAAAUUGGAAGACGAUGAAGAUGAUGCAGAAAAUAUUUUUCGAGACGCAGAAAAUGAUGUAGAAAUAACCGUUGAAUUUGAUGAAACUGAAAAAGUUUUGGAUAAUACAGAAAAUAUUAUGAAUGAUGAAGAGGAUUUAGAAGAUAUUGAUGACGAAGAAGUGUACGAAGAGAACGAGGAAUUCGGAGAUGAAAAUGACGAAGAUGAAGAAUCUACAGAAGAAAUCGAUGAUGAUGGAAUCGAGUCAACUGAAGAAAUUGAUAAUGAAAUGGAAAUAAAAACAUCUAAACCGAUAAAUGGAAAUGGUGAGAUCGAUAGAUUAUCACAUAUUUUUGGAAGGAGAUGGAAAAUGGAUGGAAAACAACAAGUUAUAGAUAAAGAUUUCGAAGAUAUUGAUGAUAAUACCGAUAAAAAUGAAGAUGACAAUGACAGAAUCUAUCGAAAAAAAUAUCCACGUCACAAUUUAACGAAUGGUUUGUUAAAAAUGAAUGAUACAAUGGGACAGGUACAACAACAAAUGCCAGAUGAUGAGCUUGAAGAAGGCAUGGAUGAAGAUGAUGAUAUUGCUGUUAUUAGCAGUGAUAGCGAAAAUAACCAGGAAAAUAGUCACCACCAUCAAGAACAACUUUAUCAUACAUUAGCGAAUGGCGAUAAUAAUUUACUUUAUUCAGCGGACACAUAUAAUAUCCCAAUUACGACCAGCGAAACUGUUAUUUCUAAAGAUAUUAAUUCAGGCAUAAAAUCACCAGAAGCAGUUUGUUUAACCGAAACAAUUCAGAAAACACAAAUAACGGAAACUGAGGUAGAAACAGUUUUAAUAACUACCACAACAACAGACGUAACAAAAACCGUUGAAAUCGUACAGCCACCAUCGGAGAAUUGUAAUAAUAAUAAUAAAAUUAUUAAUAGUAAUACAUCAAUAGCUGAACCAAAUUCAUAUUCGGUCGUCGAUACGGCCGUCAAAGAUGCAUUAGUGGCAACUGUUCUUUUGGUUGAAGAUCUUUACGAGGAGAAGUGA